AUGCCAGCUCUGGUCAGGUCAAACUCCUUCAUCCUUCCCGACCUCGACUUCACCUUACGCCGCCAGUUCAACAAGGCCGGCUUUCGGCCCUUCCAACGGGACAUCAUCCGAGCCGCCCUCGAUGGCAAUGAUGUCUUCGUCCAAGCUGCCACCUCAUUUGGCAAGAGUCUCUGCUUCCAGCUUCCCGCUGUCGUGGACCAUGGCAUCACCAUAGUGGUUUCCCCCUUGUUGAGUCUCAUGAUGAACCAGGUGGAAGCAUUGCGAGCUGCCGGUAUCGACGCCAGCUCGUUCAACAGCAACACGCCCAUACAAGAAAGAGACCGCAUCAUGAACGACCUGAAGACCGGUCAUCCACGCACCCGCUUGCUUUACGUCACUCCCGAGCUGUGUGCUACAGACCGCUUCCGGGAGAGACUCAAUGUGGUCUACGAGCAACGGGAGCUGGCCCGUAUUGCCAUUGAUGAAGCCCACUGCAUCUCAGAAUGGGGUCACGACUUCCGCAAGGACUUCAAGCGAUUGUCCUGGUUCCGCGAGUCAUUCCCAGAUGUACCCAUCAUGUGUCUGACUGCCACUGCGAAUCAUCUGGUACGCAAAGACCUGCUUCAUACGCUGGGACUAGAUACGAAGCCGGACCGGUUUAAGUCGUUUACAAUGACCGCCUUUCGUCCAAACCUUCACUUCGAGAUCCGCUUCACACGGGACGAGGACGAUCAGCGGAUUGAAAACUUCUUGAAGUGGAUUCGGAGUGUAUACAAGCGAAGAGCGGAGGACACCCGAAGGAGCGAACUAUCCGCUGUCGGUGAGCGACCUGACAACGUCCCUGGCAUCAUCUAUACUAUAUCCCGUGUCGAAUGUGAGAGCCUUGCCAAUCAGCUCCGACAGGAAGGAAUUGGAGCCAAGCCGUUUCACGCAAAGCUGUCCAAGGAAACCAAAGAGGAAACCCUAGCCAAGUGGGUUUCCAACGAGCCUGGCUACGAUAUCAUCGUCGCCACGACAGCUUUUGGUAUGGGGAUUGACAAGAAUAACGUCCGCUUCGUGGUACACUGGAGACUGCCCAAGUCAUUCGAAGGAUACUACCAAGAGGCUGGCCGGGCCGGGCGUGACGGUAACGCGGCAUACUGCUUCUUGUACUACAGCCGCGAGGACCGAGACCGAGUCAGCAACUUGAUAAUGCGUGACCGAGGCGCCGACAAACCCAACUUCGAGGCAAGGGCCAAGAGCCUCCAGGUGCUCGUCGAGUACUGCGAAAGCGUCAAUGCCUGUCGCCACAAGAUGAUAUGCAAGUAUUUCAGUGAGACGGACACACCGGCGUGCGACUAUGCCUGUGACUGGCACAAGGACAGUGCAGACCUCCAACGGCGUUUCCUCCGAGGUCUGGCGAGCGAGGAGUGGGUCAGCACGCAGAAGGAAGAAGGACUUUUAGACGUUCAUUGGGAUGACUAUGAAUGA